GAGUUGAGUCUGUCGUGAAGUGAUCGGUGUGGUGUGAUGUGCUGAUCAUGUCUUCGGUAGUGUGGGAUUUGGUGCCGGUUCGGUGUCGCUGGAUCGAGACCCUGAGACAUUGCGGGAAAACGCUCCUGCGCCGUCAACGCAAGAUUCUUAGACGUAUCAAAAAGGUGUACCUACACAGUUGGCGCUCCGCAGACGAGCUGAACAUGUUGGUGGGUGCGAAGGUGGGCGGCGCCACGCCGCUGGUGAUCGCCUGCAGGAACGGACACUACGACGUGGCCGAGUACCUCAUCGAGAGGUGCAAGGCCGACAUCGAACAACCCGGCUCAGUGACAUUCGACGGCGAGACGAUAGAGGGCGCCCCGCCGCUAUGGUGCGCGGCGGCCGCCGGUCACCUCCCCCUCGUGCGCCUCCUAGUCCGCGCUGGCGCGUGCGUCAACUCCACCACGCGCACGCACAGCACGCCGCUGCGCGCCGCCUGCUUCGACGGACACUAUGACAUCGUCAAGUUCUUAGUGGAGAGUGGGGCAGACAUAGAAAUAGCGAAUCGGCACGGUCACACGUGUCUAAUGAUAGCGUGCUACAAGGGUCACAUCCGAAUCGCCAAGUACCUGCUAGCGCUGAACGCCGAUGUCAAUAGGAAGAGUGUUAAAGGCAAUACUGCACUACACGACUGCGCGGAGAGCGGGUCGCUACACAUACUCAAGAUGCUGUUACAACACGGUGCUACCAUGGACGUUGACUCAUACGGUAUGACCCCACUACUAGCAGCUUCAGUAACCGGCCACACACACAUCGUAGAACACCUAAUCAAUGCAGAAAAUGGCCUGGUUACGCGACAGCAAAGGAUCGACGCUUUAGAACUGUUGGGCGCCACAUAUGUUGACAAGAGACGGGACAUGGUCGGCGCGCUUGCGUUGUGGAAGAGGGCGAUGGACGACCGGUUUCCGUCGGACGGCAGCCCUCCAAUCCCGAAGCCCAAAGAUGUGCCCCGCAUUGAGGCGUACGAAUGGGCCGCGGAGCCCUGCGACGCUGCCGCGCUGAGAGAAUUAUUAGCUGACCCUGAUGCCAUGAGGAUGCAGGCGCUAGUGCUUAGAGAAAGAAUAUUAGGGCCAGCGCACCCGGACACAUCGUACUACGUGCGCUACCGCGGCGCGGUGUACGCGGACGCGGGCCGCUUCGCCCGCUGCCGCGCGCUGUGGCACCACGCGCUCGACAUGCAGCGCGCCGUGCUGCCGCCGCUCAGCCCGCUCACGCAGUCCAGCCUCUACUCCUUCGCCGAGCUGUUCGCCUACAUGCGCGCCGAGCGCGCCCGCCCGCCCAACCGCGGUCGCAUCGUCCCACCCGUCACAUUCGAGGACAUCGACCCAGUAUUCAAGAAGGCUCUAUCAGAAAUCCACCGCGGCAUGGAGCUACUCAAGUCAAAGCUCAGUAUCGACAGGGAGCAGACCUUAACCACUCUACAGCGCGUCUUAGUAAUAUCACUACACUUAGCAGCUUUACUGGCGAGGCUAUUGGAAGAACCAGAUUGUACUGAGGAAGAUUCUAGAGCCAUACAUCAAGCUGUUUAUUCGCUGGUUAAGUUGGAUAUCAAGGUGCGUGCGGGGCGGUCGGCGCUGCACGUGGCGUGCUCGGCGGAGGCGGCGCGCGCGCGCGGCGCGUGGCUGCCGGCGCCCGGCGACGCGGCGCCGUGCGCGGGCGCGCUGCUGCAGCUCAUGCUGCGCCUCGGCGCAGCGCCGCAGGCCAGGGACGCCCGGGGCGACACGCCGCUCCACCUCGUCUGCAAGCUCAACCCGUGUCCGCCCGACGUGGUCCGCUCGCUCCUCGAGCACGGCGCACACAUCGACACAGUCAACUACGAGGGCGAGACGCCGGCCGAGAUCCUCAAGGCCUCCAACCAGUCCCUCGCCUCCAUCGUCAACCCCCUCAAGUACACCACGCUCAAAUGCCUCGCCGCGCGCACCGUCAAAAACUACAAACUCCCCUACAGACAUGUUGUGCCCCAGUGCUUGCAUUCUACCAUUAUCAACCAUUGAGCGAACCAAAGCGGUGAGUAUCGGCUACUUUAAUGCGGCUCGAAUUCUGUACAUUAGCAGUCUUUAGAGAAGCUGUAUUGACGGGAAGCGUAUGUUAGUCCUUUGUCUAGUGACGAUGAUUCGAUGUGUUAAACUCCUCUGAUAUGAUCUCGUGACCGGUUAAGAACUCAAUUUGAACUUAAUGGUGUUGAAUGUCGAUGCAUUACAAACUUCCGAUGAAAUUGGUACCUAACAGAUUUUCAUUUAAUUUUGAAGAUUUUGUUAAUUUCGAUAGCAUAAUUUGAGUUUCUAAUGUAUGCACGGUCGUACAGAGGUGUAUCAUUGAAUUGUUUUUUACACGACAUUUAUAUUGUGAUUUUAUUUGUAAUUAUGCGUAGAAUUUGUAGUGUGCCGGUGUCUAUACAAGUAUACACUGUACAUGUUAUGUCUCUGAGGCUACUCGAUCCACUUCCAUAGCGGAGUCAUUUGCACCGAUUUAUCACUGUAUUUAAUAUAUCGAUUUGAAAAUUAUCAGAUCAAUAUUUAUGAUUUAUAUCUUCACAAUGCGGGUACAAGGUUCACAAUGUUUAAUUCAUAUUUUAUUUAUAUUAAUACAUUUUUGGUUCAAUGCAAUACUAGGGGAAUUAUAUGAAAUUACAUAACAUAUAAUAUAAAAUUAAUGUGAUUGAUAUUGUAAUAUUUUUAUCGUAAAUAAUAACUGUCGCCAUGGGUCGAUAUAUAGCUAAAAUAUAAUGUUGUAAGUACAGAUUUUAAUUAAUAUUAGCGUGGCAGAGAUGCAGAAAUUAUUUAAAAGAAACAUGGAAAUAUUUCUUUUGAACCCACAUUAUUCUUGAGUUGUGCUGAAAAGUUCAAGUUUUCUAAAGAAACAAUUAACAGUAACAAAAUAUAUGUAUAUUUUGAUUUUUGUAUUUGUUGAAUGUUAUGUCAGUUAUGUGUAAAAAAAAAUUAAGCUCAAUUUAAUUUUGGGUUGCUCAAAUUGCACCACAAUCGAGGCUUACGUGUGAAAAAAUGCAAUAUUAUCUUGUCUUGCCAACGUAGAAAACCGUGUUUAUUUGCAUAUGUCUAUUAUAUUUUGGGAUAUAUUUGAAACAAUUUUGAAUGGACAAUUAUCAUGUAAAAUGGAUAGACGACAUUUCAAUGUAUCGCAUCAAGUGCUUGCCAGCAGGAAGCCAGCGGAACAAUUAGUUGCAAAAAUAUCUACACUACUAACAUCUGACAACAACUCUAUUGCGCUGACAGUAGAGACUUUUGUGAGUAGAUACUUUUGCACCUGACUGUACAUUAAGUUAUUUGUGUGCUUUUAUAUUUUACAAUGAUAAUUGUCAUAAAUAUCCAUGGUCCAUACUUGUCCAUAUUUAGAUAAACUAAUUAUAAUAAUGAUUGCUUGUAAAUGUAUAUUUCUGUGUAAAUUUAAUUCCAAAUGGGGACUUAAAUAAGAGCUAUGUUAGAGAAAUAUGCAUUUAAACUAGUGGUGUCGUGGCAGGCCACAACCACCAAGCGAGGACGCUUCAUUACUUUUUACAAAUUUACAUUUCAAUUGCCGUACAGUUUUGAACUCUCUCGUAAUGUACGAAGGUGUCAUUUACACGGUCAUUUCGUCACUCAUACACUUAUCUUAUCACUUAUACAGUCAGCAGCAGAAGUUGCUAAGCGGGCGAGGAGUUCAAAAUGAUAUUAUUGUGAAGAGAAUAAGUGUCAAGGUAAUUUUGAACAACUCGGCCGCUUAAAUAGCAACUUCUGCUGCUGGCUGUACUCGUAUUAGAUGUUGGCGGUUAAAAAUAUUUUCUCAGGCAAAAGGUACGAUAGUUGGGUAAUACUGGGGUUCAUACAAAUAUCAAUGAUUUGCAUUGCAUGUGGGGUUGAAUGUAAAUUGUUCGCUACUAUUGUAAAGAUUGAUUGUCAAGCGACAGUGUUACCUUUUGCUUUAGAUUAGAACUUCACAGCUGAUUGUUUGUAAAAUGUAAUGACUUUUUUCUCAACCCACUGCCAAGAUUCAUAAAUGCUUUAGGACUACACUUUCUCAUUGACGAUUAAAGAGAUAUCUCGGAGUCAGUAGUAAAAAUCACUGAACAUCAUUUAACACAUUAUUAGCUUUAAAAUAGACACUCGUCAAAUCAAGUCAAAAUCAGAAGUGACUAAUAUCAAGUAAGAUGCGUAAAAUCUAAGACAAUUUCAUGCUUCGGAUUUGACAGGUAAACGAGAUGGCGCUGUACAGCUCCAUACAUUUUGCGGUAACUCUGAUUGUCAAAAGUUGACGUUUGACAAUUCAGUGACCGCAAAACAUAUGACGCAGUACUGCGCAAUCUGUUUUGGAUGUCAUACUAAGGGGCACGUUUUUUUCUUAGACUUUACCUCUCUAUAACAAUCAAUUCACUUUGCUAAUAUGGUCUACCUAGACAAUUAUUAUUAGCUAGAACUCAAGAAGUCGCUUCUGUCAAAAACUUGUCUCACUAUGAAAUUGACAUGGGAACUUGUUGGUUUUUGUCCAUAGAUUUCUAGUUUAGACACAGUGGUUGGUCUGACGAGUGUAUGAAAAGCCCUUUGAUAGAUCUCGGGCCAAGUGAUAAUCGCUUUUAGUUGGAGUUCUCAUUGUAAAUGACCGCCGUGCUUACCGUUCGCCAACAGAGAAAAGUACGCCACUCUCAUACAAAAAUGUUUUAGACGCAUACUGUUUAAUUAGGAAAUACUUCAAAGUUGGCUUACUUUUCUCUUGUUACUUGGUACCCCGUGUCUUUCACAAGCAGUACGUUGGAAGAGUAGCGCGUCUGGUUGACUAGUCCUCCUAUUUUAAUUACAUUCAUAAAACUAUACUCAUUUUUUUACAUAGCUUAAUCAACGAAUCAUUAAAUUUGUAAACGCAUUGUAAAAACAAAUUAGUAUAAGUAGACGAUUAGAAAUUAAUAAUGUUGAAAUUGGUAAUGAUUAUAUUUAGAUGGGUCAGCCAUUGGAACUGAAUGUAGAUACAAAUGGAAUAUGAUAGUUACUUACGUGUUAGCGCAGUCCACUGUUAAUCGUAAUGCGCGUAUUUCUCAUAGUAUAUUUUGAACUUAGUAUACAUUGCGUGAUUACGUACUAGUUAUUUUUUGAUGAUAUUAAUAAAAAUGCUUUAAAAUAA